GAUGUGACCCGAAAGAUGACGAAAGCCAUGAGAGUUGAUUUAUUUGAUGUAUGGUCGACGAUUCUUUAUGCCUGUUCAUUGACAGUGAAGAAGUUCCAUGGUCUGUCGGCCGAAGGAGAGGAGACAACUAUGCAGGAUGAAGCCGAUUUCAGGGCCAACAGCAGAGAAGAUAGAUGGUCUUUCCGUGCGACAACAGCUUUGGUCACCGGAGGCACCAAAGGGAUCGGGCAUGCCAUAGUCGAAGAGCUAGCUAGGUUUGGAGCAGCCGUCCAUACCUGCUCUCGCAACGAAGCAGAGCUCAGCAGAUGCUUACAAAGAUGGGAAGCCAUGAACCUCAAGGUCACAGGGUCCGUGUGCGACGUCUCCUCUCCGGUUGAGAGAGAGAAACUAAUGGAGGAUGUCAAGUCCAUCUUCCAUGGAAAGCUCAACAUUCUGGUCAACAACGCAGGAACGGGCUUUCAGAGACGGGUGACGGACGUGACUCCUGAGGACUUCAAGCUGCUGACGAGUACCAACUUGGACUCUGCCGUCCAUUUGAGCCAGCUCGCUCAUCCUCUUCUCAAGGCAUCAGGAAGUGGCAACGUUGUGUUCAUCUCCUCCAUAACAAGCCUCGUCGGCAUCGAUACUCUAGCCGUCUAUGCGGCAACCAAAGGCGCAAUGAAUCAGCUCACCAGGAGCCUCGCUUGUGAGUGGGCGAAGGAUAACAUCCGAGCAAACUGCGUUGCGCCCGGUUACAUCAGGACGCCACUCAUCGAGCCGUUAUGCGAAAACGAGGAGUUUGUGGCGAAGGAGACUAAUCGUAUCCCUCUUGGACGUCUGGGUGAGGUCGACGACGUGGCACCGGUGGUCGCUUUCCUCUGUCUUCCUGCUUCUCGCUAUGUCAAUGGCCAAGUCGUGGUUAUCGACGGAGGUCGAACUGUGAACGGCAACCGAUGCUCGGAGACAUUGAUGCGUGCAGAAGCAGACAGUCGUGUCGCUUCGCCAAUCGAGAUUGCCGAUUGGGAAUUCCAAUGGCCAGAAAUUAGAGCUGAGUUUUGAGAUUCAACUUGCAAGGAACCUUUCGUCCCAUCGGAGGCAUUUUAGAUUAUUCAAUGUCGUAUCAGAUUGUACUAUAAUUGAUAAAGGAAAGGGUGCUCGAUG